AUUUUGUGGAUGGGAGGGAAGGAGAAGGACAGCAAUGGAUGUCUGGAUGAUGUGCCAGCCAGAGAAAACAGAAUCCUUCUUCUUCCCCCCGCUUACUCUGCUUGCCUUGCCGCAAUAGCCACUUGAUAAACCAUAAAGCUCCAAGACAAAAUGCCCCUAGGAGCCGCUUCGGCUCCGCGCCUGCAAUCCCCAUUUCUCUGCUGCCCUCUCAAAUCGCCAUGUUCGUCUCCUUCCAAGUCCGCCAGAAGCUCCACCCUUCAAUCCCCCCGGCGGCCGCCUUAUCCCCUCGUUAUAGCCGCUGAUCUCGACGCCAACACGAUUACAGCCAUAUCCGUUGGGCUAGUGAGCGUGGCAGUGGGGAUUGGCAUUCCAGCAUUCUACGAGUCCCAAAUCGAUAAUGCUUCAAAGAGGGACAACACUCAGCCUUGCUUCCCCUGUAGCGGCUCCGGUGCCCAGAGAUGCAGAUUUUGCGAGGGGACUGGCUCGGUGACGGUGGACUUAGGAGGGGGCGAGAAAGAAGUGUCUCCAUGUAUCAACUGUGAUAGUGCUGGUUCAUUGACUUGCACCACAUGUCAAGGCUCCGGGAUUCAACCGCGUUACCUCGAUCGGAGGGAAUUCAAAGACGACGACUGAAUUACGUUUAGUUCGAUCCCAAGAACUUGGGUACAUUUUGGUCCCAACUCUGAACAUAUGGAAGAGAAGAUCCAACAGUCAUUCUUUCCAGUCUACUUGUAACCUUGCAUCUAUGUACCUCUCCAACUACUCUUUAUAGAGCUUUUUUGUCAAAUCUUUUACUCUUGUUACACUGUUGAUACUGUACAAUUUUCUCUCUUUUUGUUGAGACCAACUGUAAAAAGUGAU